AUGAUCAGAAUCAACCUUGUUUGGAUGUUAGUCAGUCAAAUCUUCCUGAUUCACUCUGAAGAAGUUAAUCUGCAAAUUCCACUGACCACAGCUCAGCUCGGAGAGUCUGUAUCUAUUCCAUGUUUCUUCUCAGAGACAAUUGAUUAUUUCCAAUGGCUGUACUGGUACAAGCAAACUGCUGGUCAAAUGCCCCAAGUUGUGGCAACUGUAGAAAAGAGAAAAUCAGCAGAUUUUGUUCUUAAUGGAGAGUUUAACAACAUACGUUUCACAAUGGAGAAAGUAAAAGUUGGAUAUCUUCUCAUCAUCAACAAUAUCAGCAGAUCAGAUGAGGCAGCAUACUUCUGUGGAAUAGGAACAGUGUAUGAAAUUAAGUUUAGAAAUGGAACAUUUUUGUCUGUAAAAGGUCAUUCACACUACCAGACUGUAGAACAACAGCCAGUGUCUGACCCAGUCCAUCCAGAAGACUCUGUGACUCUACAGUGUACAGUACUCUCUGAGACCUGUACAGGAGAACACAGUGUGUACUGGUUCAGAGCCGGAUCAGGAGAAUCCCAUCCAGGAGUCAUUUACACCCCUGGGAACAGGAGUGAUGAGUGUAAGAAGAGCCCUGAGACUCCCUCUCCUACACAGAGCUGUGUCUUCAGCCUCUCCAAGAACAACCUCAGUCUCUCUGAUGCUGGGACUUACUACUGUGCUGAGGCCACAUGUGGGGAGAUCCUGUUUGGCAAUGGAACUAACCUAAAUAUUGGAAGAUCUCUGGAUCAUGUUGUCAUUGGACUGGGAGGGACAUCGGUUUUCUGUGUGAUUGUAAUCAUUAUCCUCGUCUUCACCAGAAAUACAAAGCCAAUUUGUGAACAUUAUCAAGUGAGUUUUGCACAGCAUAUUGGACAUGACAACACAACCACCAAAUGUGAUCAGGAUAAAGAUGGAGUUACGUUGAACUAUGCGGCAUUGAAUUUCUCUGAGAGGAAAACUAAAAGAGGAAGAAAGAAGAGAGAGACACAACAGGAGAGUGUGUACUCUGAUGUCAGAGUAGACUGGGACUGACCUUUGUUUAUGUGCAGAGGAAUGGAUGUAGUUUGGUCAAGAAACUCUUGUUAAAAUGUAUAUAAUGUAUUCAGACAGUCAUGACAUUUGAUGCACUAUAAUGUAUCAUAGAAUAAACUUGUUCUUCUAGGAGUGUUCUCUAUCAGAGCACCACUAUUAUGGAAUGGCUUGUCCUGUGAGGUAGACGGCCAGAAACCAUUGAGGUCUUUAAAUCAUGCCGGAAAAUCUACCUUUUUAGCUUGGUCUUUAAUCUUAAUCUGUGAUUGUAUUGUUAUUUUCAGACUUCCUUAUUGAUUCUAUAUUCUUCUCUUGUAUCAUAUCUCUUGCAUCUCAGCCUUUUGUUUAGACAUACUGUUUAACUGUGAGCCAACUCAGUGCCUUGUGCUUAUUGUCGACAGUGAGAUUAGAAGGUUGAGGGUUUGAUCCCCGGUCGAGUCAUGUGAAUUACUCUAAAAAUGGGAACGAAUGCCUCUCUGCUUGGCACUCAGUAGAAAGGAGAUGGAUUGGGUUAAGUGUCCUGUCCAGGAGGUGUACUUGUACAUCAAGCUGCCUUCCGCUAUUGAAUAUUGAACCUAUGAGCAGUUCUGGCUCGGACAAAGAUUUCUUACUUAACUAUUUUUCUACAGUAAAGUUUGUUGCAAUUUAACUGUAUUUCAAAUACAAUUAGAGUUGAUCAGCCCCCAUUUGAAGUAAUUUUUCUAUAUUUGAAAUAAUGUAUAAUUGUAUUAUGGUUCUAUUUGUAUUGUUUUAAUCAUUUUUCCCAAAUGUAUAAUUGUUGUGAUAUUUACUGUAACCCAUGAAACAAACAAUAAGAUAGCAUACCUUCUUAAACAGUGUAUAUAAUGUAGGUUAAUUACAUUUUACUGUAUUUCUUGAGUUCCAACAGCAUGUUUAUGUCACGUUGGAAUGAAGAGAUUCGGGAGACAGGCGCAGGAAUACAUAAUAGUUUUUUUUAUCAGAGGUGUUGACUCGAGUCACAUGACUUGGACCCGAGUCAGACUCGAGUCAUAAAUAUGAUGAUUUGCAACUCGACUUUGACUUUAACACCAAUGAUUCAUGACUUAACUUGGACUUGAGCCCUUUGACUCGAACUGACUUGAAACCCUCCACAAGCCCAAAUAUAAAAAAUGAUGCUAUUAAAAAAACUGUGCAGCGCAUCAACUCUUCAUUUAAAAAUCUCCAACCAAAAAUAGACACAACUAUAUAAAGUUAACAAAGUAACAAUCUUCGUGUAAACAAUAAACACGGAACAAACCAGCGUAACACAAAACAAUUCUACACAAAGACAUGAGGGGGAAUAGAGGAAUAAAUACAUGUAGAUUGAUUGGGGAAUGAAAACCAGGUGUGCAGGGAACAAGACAAAACAAAUGGAUAAAUUAAAAAUGGAGCGGCGAUGGCUAGAAAGCCGGUGACGUCGACCGCUGAACGUCAGACACGUGCCUCAUCAGUAGUUCAUUUUAUUUUCAAAAACCAACCGUUUGGGAUUUUGUGAGAGACAUCAUCGACUUCUAUGUUCCAAAUGGCACCCUAUUCCCUAUGUCGUGCACUACCCUUGAUCAAGGGCUCGGGUCUAAAGUAGUGCACCACAUAGGGAAUAGGGUGCCAUUUGGGACAUCGUCCAUCAGUUA